GUUUGACGUUUGGCCGAUGACGACGACGCUUCAUUUCUGUGCUCUCUCGUUUACUGACUAUUGGCUUUUUUGUACGCUCUGUAAAUGUUCCGUGUUUUAGAUUUGUUUUAUUCAUUUCAAUCGUCUAAAUUUGUGUUCGUUGGAAAAAAUCCAAGCGAAUAUUUUGGAAAGAAUUGAAUUUUGGUUAUCAGGAAAAUCGAAAAUCGUUCAAAAACUGAACGCAGGCUUGUAACGCAACAGACGUCAGAAUCUCACAACUGGCAACGAUGAAUGCAAACUCGCGCAGACAUUUGGCCAGAUACUGGUCGAACAUUGAGGUAGAAACCAUGGAAACGCUUCAAUUGGUCAAAGAAGACUUUCAAAGUAGCGGCAUGUCGCUCGAUGGCGAAUUCAAAGAUUAUUUCGUACGAGUAACAAUUGAUCGAUUGAACGAUCGAGUCACACGAUUUUUCACUGAAUGUGAAUGGGAAAAGCAGUACAUUGGCGGUCGAUAUAGUCAGGCGCCAGCCAACGAAAGUCCAAUCAUUACGAUGGUCACCGAAGCAAACGGCGAGACAGGAAUCAUGAUCAGUCAAUCGACGACUGAGCCAAUUCCAACCGAGAUGUACGUUCCAAGCGACGCAUCACUCGUAUCGUUCCUGGCCAAACAUACUGACCCUAACAAUGAUUCCACGAUCGAAGCAAUGUUCGGCAACGUUUCAGUGCCGGCCUCUCAAACUGACCAGACUCCAUUGAUUAGUGUGAAUGGAAGUGACCAGAAAAAGGAUGCCAAUCGAAAUUACUUGACGCAAAUAGAGAAUGGCAUGCGACCAGCUAUGAAUACCACUGAAUUGGCGAAUGGAAUGAUGGCCAAUCAUUCGACAAACGAUCCAAUCGUACCGGAUUUGAUUGCACAACCGAAUAUUGCUGUGGAUUGGCCUCAAGAACUGCCCACUUCGACUCCAUUCCAUGGCUUGGUCGAGGAAUCCGAAACGAAAGCUUCAAGCUGUGGGUCGUUCCAGCGAUUCUCAUCGUUUUUGGACAGAAAUAUCGAUCCAAACGAUGUCACAUCGACGAUCAACGCAAUGCUUGGUAACGCAUCAAUGAUAACGGCUCAAAUCGAUCAGUCUCAAGCGACUCACGCGAUUGAAACUGGGCCAAACGAUGCCAACAAUGGAAUUGGCAUCGUAGAAAAAGCGAUUCGAACGACACCACCCGAUGCAACUGGACCAGAGUUCAGUGAUAUGGCCGACAUCAACUCGAUGAAUGCUCCAGAGAGCGAAUCAAAUGACGCCCAACUGCCAAAUGAAACGGUUUUUGGUGGGUUCAUUGACAUCGACGAUGAGAUUUCGGCUGAGGAACAAGCUGCAUCGAGUACACGAAACAACGAAUCAACCAACCAAGUAACAGAAUGCAUGGAUUUGACCUGUGAAGAUGUCGAACCAAGAUCAAAAGGCGCCAGCAAUCAAAUUGAGCGAAACGCUGUGCGACGAGGAGGAAACCAGCGCCAAAAGAGGAAAAUUUUUGAUGCAACGACGUCGGAUGGAAGUGCGAAGAAGAGACGAAAGACGGGUCCACGAUCGACACUGAAAACCAUACCGGAAUUGACUUCAGAAGUGGCAUUGAUUGACAAUACGAACAGUCAAUCAGUCCAAGAGGAAGGUGCUGGCUUGAGUGGAGCCGAAAGUCAAAGUGCAUCGACAUCGAACGCGGAACAGAUCGCAAAGAAGAGGAACGGCGUUGGCAAACAUGCAGGUGAAAGUGGAUCAAAGCGACAUAAGUGUUCAUUUUGUGAACACACUACAUCAUGGAAAUGGAAUUUGAUAACGCAUAUGAGAACCCACGCAAAUGAAUUCCCGUUCCAUUGUUCGAUUUGUCGUCAAGGAUUCGAGCUGAAGGAGGAAAAGGAAACGCAUGAAAAAGACUGCAACGUACGUCGAUAUGAAUGCUAUUUUCGCGAGUGCGAGUUUUCCACAUUUCACAAAACAAAUUUAGUCAAGCAUAUGCGCCGUCAUACCGGCGAGAAACCAUUUUGUUGCUCCCAUUGUCCACAACGAUUUACUCAAAAAAUUAAUUUAAAUCGACAUUUCAAAUGUCGCCACAAUAAAACCAAAUGAUUUUAUGCAACGCGUUUCGAAGACGUUCCAUCGUCGAGAGAUGUCUAGAGACACAUCGAUAGUUUUUGUGAUUGUAUCACAUUCAGAAAUGUAUGUUAAUCACUUGAUUGUGCGUAGAAGAAAUGACUCUCAAAAAAUUGUACAAAGAUUGAUGAAAAUCAGCUCGAAAAUGUUGUGAUUUAGCGUGUUCAAUAGAAUAAAAAGGACUUAGAAUUAAGUUUCAGAGACAGAAAUAUCCAAAUUGAAGAAUUGUGACAUAAAACAUUUGAUGUUCGUUAAUAAAGUGAAAGAAAUUACAUAA